AUGGCCGAGACACCUGCCUUCUCAUACUUCGCCAAAGUGCAAAGCGAAUUCAAACCUCCUUUGAUCGCCAACGAGAAUGCCUUCCUCGGCGACGUCACCAGCAACGAGAAGAUUGACCCUGAGAAGCCCCUCAGCUGUGGCAUCUAUCGGCUCGAGAAGGGCACGCCUCUGGUCUAUACCUACACCUACCAUGAGAUGAAGAUUAUCCUAGAGGGCGAGUUCGACAUCAGCGACGCCACGGGUAAAUCAGUCCACGCUGUGGCUGGCGACGUCUUAUACUUCCCCAAGGGCUCUGUCAUCACCUUCAAGACCGACUCCUACGGUUUGGCUUUCUACACUGGCCAGCGCAAGGAAGGUGCUGCAUAA